AUGGGGAGUGAGUUCGAGAUAAGUAUGAUGGGAGAAUUAACUUUCUUCCUAGGACUUCAAGUGAAACAAUCCCUAAAGGGAACAUUGAUAGGUCAGCAGAAGUACAUCAAGGAAUUACUGAAAAGGUUUGACAUGGAAGCAUCAAAAGUCAUUGACACCCCUAUUGCCACAGCUACCCGUCUAGACAUGGAUGAACCCGGUUCCCCUGUAAAUCAGACCAUGUAUAGAGGGAUCAUAGGGUCACUCCUGUAUCUUACUGCAAGCAGACCAGACAUCAUUUUCAGCAUAGGUCUUUGUGCAAGAUUUCAAUCCAAUCCAAAGGAAUCUUAUCUGAAUGCUGCCAAGAGAAUAUUGAGACAUCUCAAGGGAACGCAUGACCUGGAAAAGCACGUCUGGAGUGGCACAUUUCCUAGGUUCUUGCCUAAUCUCAAGGGGUACGCGGAAAUAGAACUCAGUGGCACUCUCAACUACAGAAGCAGAAUAUGUAGCAGCUGCCUCUUGCUGUGCUCAACUACUGUGGAUCAAGCAGCUGUUGGAAGACUUUGGAUUGCUCUCAAAUUUACUGAAGAUCAAAUUGCAGAUAUUUUCACCAAAGCCCUGAGCAGAGAACACUUUGAGAAAAAUCGCUUGGCACUGGGGUUGAUAAAACCCAAUGGAGAACUUGGUCCCUCAAUGAUUGGCUAUGAAAGAAAUGUAGACACACAUGAUGAUUACAGAGCAAAUAGGCAGUUGAUGCAGUACGCACUGGUAAAAAGGGCAAAGCUUACAGAUGCAAGAUUAGUCAGGGAACCUGGUUCUCUUGACAACAGAGUCAGAGGAGAAACAGAGGGAACCAAUAACUAUCGUUUCUCGAGGAAACAAUACAAGUCAACUGCCCCAAUUAUAUAG